CAUCUUCCAUGGUUGGAAGCAGACGCAGCUCCUCAUCUUCCAAACAUGCCCUCUCCUCCCCUCCUCCCACCACCGCCAAACGAUCCAAGAUUGCUGUAAAAGAGGUGCUCUCCGAGCCCAUUUGGCCACAUUUUGCUAUCGCAAACAUUGGCAGUGGAUUCAGUUUGAUUGAUGCUUUUCGGCUUGUGGAGCUGCUGUGGAAGCUGAUAAAUCAAAGGCGGUCGACACUGCACUACAUUCGAAGAAGCGUCCUACGAAAAAGUUGCAUUGACCAAAUCGAGUUCCAAAGCCACUUGGGGAAAGCUUCUUUCCCAGUGCUCUCAGGUGUGUUUUUCUUCUUUUCCUCAUGUGCUUUCUCCGAAAUCCUGAUUAUUUUGAUGCGAUCGUUGGUAUAUUGGGAAAAUCAAUGGAGAGGAAAGAAUUACUUUUAGAUGGCUGUUUGUUUCGGCCGCCUCAGCCUGUCGUGCCUCCUGGCCCACCAGCCUCAGCAAUGUCCUCAUAUACAGUUUCAAGUCAGCCCCAUGGUGCCUAUCCAUCUCAGCAAUUUACAGCAGGUGGUCCUUUUGGGAAUGCACCUGUGCCUCCUGUGCAUUCCCAAAAGGUAACAGAUAAUUAGGUGCAGAUGUGCAUUGGGAACUUGAUAAAAAGUUAGGUGCAGAUGUGCAUUGGUAAUAGAUAAUUAGGAUGCAUGCUCCAAUCACAGAGCAUUGGGAACAUGCCUUAGUCACAAAUCCACCUGUGCCUCCUAUUUCUCCGGCAGAGAAGACAACAUAUGGUGCAGAUGCAGAGUAUGAGAAAUUCAUGGCACAGAUGAAAUAGGUUAGCCCCUUUUCUCCAAAAAGUCAAAGAGGUAUGCAUGCCAGAUCCAUUUGCUUUAAUUUGGUCUUACUAAAUGAAAUUUUGAUUGAUUAUUGAUCUUGGUUGAACUUGAUAGCUCUGCCAUCUUAUGAAACUUGAGCCUGAUCUGUUACUAACCAUUUAGUCUUGUAGUUUUGUUGUUUCGGUUUAGUGGUGUUGAGUUUCUGCUGCUUAUUUAAUUAAUUUUGAUUCACAAGUGAUAUGUGCAGCAAUCCAAUGAUUCCUUUAAUUACAUUGGAGCUUAGUAGGAAGGGCAAAUAACUAUAUAUUGUGGCAAGUGAAUACGGUUUUUCUAUUCCUGUGAGAGCUUAUCAAACAUUUACAUCUAUUAGAGUUUUUACUUUGUAAGUGUGAUACAUUGAUGCAAAGAAUGGGGAUCUUAGUAUUUAAUCAUGUAAUUGAAAAUUUUAGAGUUACUAUUUGUAGUUGCAUGUGUACAUCUUA